UAUUUACCUCGGCGAUCUCCAGAUGUCAGCAGAUGUCUCUUUGCCUCCAGGUCGACGAUCUGUCCUGAUCUCCGCAAGCCGCCAAGCCCGACGAUUGGUUCGGUCAUAAAUUUAUAUAAAUUUCACUUAAAGCUUAAGACAUGGAGGAGCAAUUCAUACUCAGGGUUCCGCCUUCUGUGACUGAGCGAAUCGAGCGCCUGCUAAGCGAGAAUGCUUCAGAGGACAAAGCGUUGGAUUUGUCAAUAUCAGAGGAUGGUAGGAGUGGCACAUUUGUCAUAGGAAAUGAACGCUUCCCUACAUCCCUCCUGGAUCUUCCAUGUAUAGUAGAAUCUUACAAAACUUAUGAUGAUAGUGUGCUGAUAAAAACGGCAGAUAUUGGUCAGAUGAUUCUGGUGAGGGAAGAAGGUGAUCUUGCCCCUGAUGGAGUGGAGUACAAACAUGGCCUCACCCCUCCAAUGAGAGAUGCUCGGAGGCGAAGGUUUCGCAGGGAGCCAGAUCUAAAUCCGGAGCUUGUGAGGCGUGUGGAGAAAGAUUUGCAGAAUAUCAUGGCUGGUGGAACAGCAGAGAAUAUAGAUGUGGAAGUGGCUGAACAAGAGGAAGACGGUGAAGAAAAUGCACGCGCUGCUAAUAAGAAUGCAGCAACCAAGCAUGCAACAAAACUCGGUGUUCCUGAUGCUGGCACCGCUGGUGAGAGAAGUGAUUCAGACGAAUCUGAUGAUUCAAUAUAGCUCCAUCAGUUUUCAGGAGAACUAAAACCUCGAUCGGGAGAAAUGGUGUUAGUUGACCAACUAACGUGUAACUUGGUUUGCUGCACUCACCCCUAUUAUGCACAUGUAUAGAUAUGAUUGAAUUGUAGCUCUAUACAUAUAUUUCAUCGAGGAAUUAACAUAAUUAAUCUAUUUAGUGUUUUGUUUAAAUUAAUAUGUUUAAAUUUUAGUAUUUUACUGUAUUUACCAGAUUUUGAAUCGUUAGAAUUAGUAUUGGGUACAUAGUAAUAGUCAACUAAUAGACUUUACAUGUAUGAUUUUUAGGCAGUAAUUUGUCACAAGUAUUCACUUUUAAAUGGUUAAAUAUUUGAAUUUUUGUGCGUUGAUAGGUAAUUUGUAAUCUUUGAACUGGUAUUGUGCUC